UCUGAUGAAAGUUGUGAAACCGAAAGUUAACGGAUCAAAAUUGAGAACGGAAAUAUUAACGCUAUUUUCCGCAUUCUAAACUAUUCUGUCCCAUCAUAUCAACGUUUAGGCUAUAAUGAACAAUCACAACAUUCCUGCUUCUGUUUGGAAGGUGAAGGUGGAAGUGCUGAAGCGGUUUCUUGUGUAUACUGUCGCCUGCACCUGUGUGGGUGUGAUGUAUAUACAGUGGACGUACAUAUGGAUGCUCAGGUCUGAAAUGGCUGAAAUAACGCGACGGUUCAGGCCUCUGGAUACAGCGGUGAAGGAAGGUGGGAUAUGCUGCGAUUCCGCCGUGUGCUACGGGGCUACAUCUUGUUAUAAGGUAAGCUGUUAUCACAGAUUCCCUGAGAGACGGUCACAUGCAGAGGGCCGAGACAAGAGAGAUGUGUCAAAACAAAGAAAACAGAGCAAGAGACGAGAAACAGAGCAGCACACAUUUCUCCAUCUUGUUCCUGUGUCCUCGCAGUCAUACAAUGAUCAUGACACCACUGUUCUGUCUUGGGCUGUAGGGCAGAGCAGAGGGGAGGGGCUUCAGCUAUCAGCUGAUACUGUAACAGUGGAGACUGAGGGUACCUACUUCAUUUACAGUCAGGUGCUGUAUAAAGACACCACCUGGGUAAUGGGUCACGUGAUCACAAAGAGCCACAAGGGGGCGGAGACUAAGCUGAUGAAGUGUUUAAAAAGCAUGCCAAGUAACGUCAGCCAGCCACUCAACACUUGCUACACUGCUGGAAUUUACUUCCUGGAGUCUGGAUCCACUCUUCAACUCUCUGUUCCCCGCAAAUCUGCAGAGCUCAUCCUGACAGCUCACGCCACCUUCAUGGGCCUCUUCAACAUGUGACUCAGACACAUAUGUGAUUUACAUGUUUAAUUGACAGAAACCUUUUUAUCCUCUUGCGUGCUAGUUAGUCCCCUUCACGAAUUUCAUACUUUCAUGCGCAAUACACAACAGUAAAUGCUUUUAUGUGGUGAAUGGACGACACCUAGUGGACAAUUUAUACACAGGCA